AUGCUCGGCGAAGACGAUGUUUCGACGCGCGAAAUCAUGUACGACAUUCUCGACGCCCAGCAGCACGACCCGACGGACCCAACUUUCCAGAAGCGACUCUACGACCGCCAGCGCAAGCGCGAGUACCGCAAGCAAGUGCCCCACGAGAUGCGAUACCUCAAGCAGCGCAUCGAAGAGCUCGAAGCGCAUCUGGCGGCCCUCCAAGCCCAGCGCGAGAACCACACGACGUCCGAGGACAAGUCCACGCUCUCGAUCUCGUGGCAGGUCGUUGCCACCGUCUUUGAAGAGGAAGCCCAGCACGCGCUCGUCGAGAACCAAGCGCUUCGCGAGCGCCUCCACGAGAUGAACCAAUGGGUCUACGAGUACGUCCGGCAGACGCCGCCAUAA